UGUCAGGCACAGCUCAGUAUGAACCAUACACAGGGCACAAGUGCCAUGCUCCCCGGUGCCCCCCAGCCGGGCUCCCUCCUGCUGCAGCCCAUGUGGGACUUUAUCCUCAGCAAGGAGCAGUGGAUUCGCUCUCCCUUCUACCCGGUGCUCUUCUCCUUCACUGUCUAUGUGGCUUUCUGCAUCCCUUAUCUCAUUCUGGACUGCCUGGCACCCGGGGUAGCGGUGCUGAAGCGCUGCCAGAUCCAGCCGCGCACUAACGCCACACUGGCUAUGAUGGCACACUGCCUGGCGUAUACAGUCUAUAGCCACCUGGUGUUCAUCUUCCCGGCCACAGUGGCCUACUGGUACUGGAGACCGGUGCAGUUGCCCCAGGCGGCCCCUCAGCUCCACCGCCUCCUAUUGGACAUUAUCUCCUGCCUGCUGCUCUUUGACUUCCAGAGCUUCCUCUGGCACCUGGUGCACCACAAGGUCCCCUGGCUGUACAAGAACUUCCACAAGAUGCACCACAAAUACACCUCCACCUUUGCGCUGGCCACCCAGUACUCGGGCGCCUGGGAGACGCUCUCCCUUGGCAUCUUCGCCGGGGUGGUCCCUAUGGCGCUGGGGUGCCAUCCAAUGACGGAGAUGGCUUUCUUCAUCAUCAACAUCUACCUGUCAGUAGAGGAUCACUCGGGCUACGACCUGCCCUGGUCGUCCCACAAGCUGGUACCAUUUGGACUGUGCGGGGGGCCCGGGCACCACGAUCUCCAUCACCAGAAGUUCAACUACAACUAUGCCCCCUACUUUACCCACUGGGAUAAGCUCUUCAACACGCUUGCCAAGCAGCCGAGCAAGUAACGGCUCUCCUAGCCACCGGCGCAAUUUCAUUGGCCCAGAACAUUUCCAAAAAAAUGAACUUCUGUGAACCCAAAACUGAUGUGCACUUACGAGACUGGCGGCACUUUAAAUGGGUUGUACCAACCACAUAGGGGGCACUUAUCCCUGGAUUACUGCCCUGCUGUCUUCUACCCACUGUGAUGUAAUUUAUUAUGGGACUUUUUUUUGUAUAUUUGUAUGAAACAUAAUGUAUUUAUAUAGCUAUUUACUAAUAUAUUUCUGUACAACUGGCAGUUAGAGCAACAGGUCUUGCCCUUUGCCAGGUUAAACUCAUUGUGAUGUUAUACAGUUUGCUGGCAAAUGUAUUCGUUAUCCUUGCAGAGGAUGCUGGGACAUGUAGUAUAAAUUUCACUGCUGAGCAGUGUUUUAGCUCCGCCUUGUAAGCACAAUAAUAUAAAAGGAUCAGAUGAAGGAAAAGAGGUAGUGAAGGUUUCUUUUCAGUGGUGGCUGCUCAACUACAACUCCCACAAUGCACGGCAGUCAUAUGUAAAGAGGGGGAGGUUAUGACUCAUGUUGUACCUUGGGCCAAUGGGAUGAGCAGGUUGGUGCACUGACAGUUCCACCACUGAAAUGAUUGACUGUUAAGGGGGUCCAGUAAGUGAGUAUCAGAGGGGUAAUGGUAAGGGUGUAAGUGAAUAACAGAAGGUUAUUGGUAGGUGAGAAGCCAAUAGGAUUUAUAGGUUGUAAGUAAUAAGUAAGUGAAAUACAGAAGGGUAUUGGUAGGUGAAUAAUGGGUUAAUAGCAUGGAAGUGAAUAACAGAAGGGUAUUGGUAGGUGAAUAACUAAUGGGUUAAUAGCAUGGAAGUGAAUAACAGAAGGGUAUUGGUAGGUGAAUAACUAAUGGGUUAAUAGCAUGGAAGUGAAUAACAGAAGGGUAUUGGUAGGUGAAUAACUAAUGGGUUAAUAGCAUGGAAGUGAAUAACAGAAGGGUAUUGGUGGGCGAGUAGCCAAUGGGAAAUGAUAUGUGCAUAUAUUGGUUCUGGCUCCGGAAAGAUAAAAGGCAGUUGGGACGAGUUGUUAAUAUUCAUUUAAAAAAACAAAUAUAUUUAUAAUCUUAAAGUGGAGACUGCGAAUGUACAACUCCCAUAAUCCCUCUUGUUGAGGAUGCUGGGAGUUGUAGUAUAUACUGUGUUUAUGCAAUGACUGAUUGCACUGAGCCAUUGAACUGCCUAUACAAGCUGCAUCCCUCCAGCCGUCACACUGCCCCCCAGCGCCCCCCGCAGUGCCAGUUGCAGUUCAGCUGGGGAGUUGGGAAAGUGAAAGACUUGCAGUUAUUUGUGCUGUUAUUGUGAAUCCCUGUUGCACCCCCCUGUUCUGUGAUACAAUAAACAAACGUUAUUUGGAUCUUAAAA